AUGGACACGUUCUCUCGUGGUGAAGGCGUCAAACUAGUUGUCCAUCAAAGUGGAACCUAUCCUGAGAUUGACAAAUACGGAUUCAACGUACAACCGGGUAGAAUGAAUGAGCUCUCUUUCAACACCGAGAGAUGGGUUCGACUACAAACCCCGACAGCUCCCUGUCUAGACGAUCCUCCACCUAUCACUGACAUGGGGAAACAGUAUUCUUAUCGCAUGACUCAGUGCUUGGACAGUUUUUUACAAAACAUCUCCAUUAACCAAUGCGGCUGUCUCAAUUCCGAAUGGCCAAGACCCAUAGAUCCCGACCUUGUGAACACUAAGGUGCCCUAUUGCUCAGCCCUCCCAAAGGACGCCCGUGAUCCCACCACUCUCGAGAGCAUUGUGAAGCGUCUUAAUUGUACCACUAAUCUCCUCCACAAUCUAAAGCAUAUCAAGGAGUCAGCUAUCAGAAAUCGGAUCUGUAUUCCUCGGUGCUCAUUUUACACCUACCCUCUAAGCGUUAGCAUUGCCUCGUGGGAACCGAUUCCAGAAAAGUUGCAUCACUUCACAGAUAAAUUUAAGCGAGUUGAACGCCUCCUAAAUAACUACGAUGAUCCAGUGGAACGUGAACGUCUUGUAAAGUACCUCAAAACAGUCAUUGGUGUGGAGGGUGAUCACACGACACGCAACAGCUCCAUGUCUCACCUACGUAUUGAAGACUUUGAGAAUCAGGACUCCUACACCUACAUCAGCCUUGUUCGUACCUCCUAUGACACAACAUAUAAGGAGGAGCGUCUCAUCUUUGACAUUUACAUUCUCAUCUCAAGGGUGGGAGGUCUGUGCUCAAUUUUCAUCGGUCUCACAGCUGCAAUAUUUGUGGAGUUGAUUGAAUUCAUCUACGUGGUGUUUUGGCACGUGGAUUCGGCAAAUGAUCCAGAGGGUCCCCAACCUCUAAACCCUAGUGAGCCACCCCUCCAAUUGGAUAAGGACCACAGUGAAUCCACAUUCACACCCGACAAGAGCUACGAUGAAGUGAAACAGCAGAGACCGUGUAUUCUAUGA